UAACCGCAUCCCUUCUAAACAUGACUGUCUUCUAGGGUGCGGCAUGCUAGCGAUGCUAACAGACAGACUGCGUAGUAGCCAACGAGAAUCUAGAACCUCGGUGGAGUACCCUAUCCGAAGCCAGACCUGACAGGAAGUUCACGGAAACGCCACGUGCAGCUCUCUGGGAGUCGGGGGGCUGUCUGCUGGCGGGAUGGAGCACCACACCUCGGGGCCGGGGAAGCGCAUGCGAAAGCCCUCGCUGCUGUACGAAGGCUUCGAAAGCCCCCAGCUGCCACACGCGCCGCCCCCUCCCCCCGUCCAGCCCCCUGUGAGAGACCCUGGCCGACAGGGUCGCAUGACCAACCAGCUGCAGUUCCUCCAGAAGGCCAUGAUGAAGUCCCUGUGGAGGCACCACUUUGCCUGGCCCUUCCAUGAGCCCGUGGACGCCUUCAGACUCAACCUCCCGGACUAUCACAAGAUCAUCAAACAACCCAUGGACAUGGGCACCAUCAAGAAGCGCCUAGAGAACAACUACUACCGCAGCGCCAGCGAGUGCAUGCAGGACUUCAACACCAUGUUCACCAACUGUUACAUCUACAAUAAGCCUACAGAUGACAUAGUGCUGAUGGCUCAGUCCCUGGAGAAGGUGUUCCUGCAGAAGGUCGCACAGAUGCCCCAGGAGGAGAUUGAGCUGCCCCCUCCAGCCCCCAGGGGGAAGCCAGGCAAACCUGGCAGAGGAGGCCGCAAGGCAAACGUGUCAAAGGCUCACCAGGUCCCGGCCGUGUCACAGUCGGCCUACUCCCCCUCCUCCUCAGACACGGGCGACUCGGACGCCCCCCCUCAAACCAUGCUCCCCAAGAGCCUGCCCCCCGCGCAACUACUGAGCCUGCCCCCCACGCAGCCCACGGCGAAGAAGAAGGGGGUGAAGCGGAAGGCGGACACCACCACACCCUCCACCACCAUGACCAUGCCGCUGGCCGUGGGCGGAGGCCGCAUGGUGGGCCUGGGGAAGGGAGGCCACGGUCAAGGGCUGAGCCACGACCCCUCCGCCCUCUCCCUGUCCUCCAUGGGCGGCAUGGACCCGCCCCCCAGCCUUGUUCGAGGGCCCAUGGGCCCCGGGGGCCCGGUCCUCCUCCAGCCCAUGAUGGCCGGGGGAGGGAAGAUCCUGGCCAGGCGCGGCGGCAGCGGGCGUCCCAUCAAGCCGCCGAAGAAGGACCUGCCGGACUCGGUGCAGCCUCAGGCGCCGCGGAGGGCCAAGCUAAGCCAGCAGCUGCGCUACUGCAACGGCGUGCUGAAGGACCUGCUGUCCAAGAAGCACGCGGCCUACGCCUGGCCCUUCUACAAGCCCGUGGACGCCUCGGCCCUCGGCCUGCACGACUACCACGACAUCAUCAAGUGCCCCAUGGACCUCAGCCUCAUCAAGAGGAAAAUGGACAACCGGGAGUACAGGGACGCGCAGCAGUUUUCCGCCGAUGUCCGACUCAUGUUCUCCAACUGCUACAAGUACAACCCCCCGGACCACGACGUCGUCGGCAUGGCCCGCAAACUGCAGGACGUGUUCGAGUUCCGCUUCGCCAAGAUGCCAGACGAGCCCGUCCAGCAGGCUCCUCCCAGGUCCCGCGGCGUGGCUGGUGGCAGCAUGGGCUCUCACGCCCACGGGGUCGGGGACUCCUCGUCCUCGUCGUCAUCCUCGUCCUCGUCUUCCUCGUCGUCAGAGAGCGAGCCCAGCAGCGAGAGCGAGAGCAGCCCCAGCUCGGACAGCGAGGAGGAGCGAGCGCACCGCCUGGCCGAGUUACAGGACCAGGUGUGUACACAGCUUAGGGCUGUGCAUGAGCAGCUGGCCGCCCUCUCCCAGGGCCCCAUCGUCAAGAACAAGAAGAAGAGGGAGAAGAAAGACAAGAAGGAGAAGAAGAAAAAGAAGAAGCCCGAAAAGCGAAGCAGAGGACGGCCCAGCGCCGGGGUAGUGGGUGAGGACUGGGAGAUGCCCACCGCCAAGCCCGUAAAGACACCAAAGACCAAGUCCAGCAGCAGGGGUGCAGGCCCCGCCUCCACGCAGGGCAAGAGAGGCCCGGGCCGGAAGAAGGGCAGCAAGAACACCAAGAAGCCUCAGGCUGCGACCCCUGCCAUGCCCUACUACGCCCCGCCCGCCUCCUCCCUGCUGCCCCACUACGACUCUGAGGAGGAGGAGGAGACGGCGCCCAUGUCGUACGACGAGAAGCGCCAGCUGAGCCUGGACAUCAACAAGCUGCCGGGCGAGAAGCUGGGCCGCGUCGUCCACAUCAUCCAGGCCCGCGAGCCAUCGCUGCGCGAUACCAACCCGGAGGAGAUCGAGAUCGACUUCGAGACGCUCAAGCCGUCGACGCUGCGUGAGCUGGAGCGCUACGUCAUGACCUGUCUGAGGAAGAAGCCCCGCAAGCCCUAUGUGAAGAAAGGCGGCGGCGGCGGUGGCAAGUCCAGAGAGGAGCUGGCCCUGGAGAAGAAGAGGGAGCUGGAGAGGAGGCUGCAGGACGUUAGUGGACAGCUCAACUCUGCCAAGAAACCCCAGAAACCCAAGGUGGACAAGCCCAGCGGUGUGGAAGCCCACCCCCUGCCCUCACGCCUCAGCGCCAGCAGCUCCAGUUCAGACUCCUCGUCCUCCUCGUCCUCCUCAGGCUCAGACACCAGCGAAUCAGACUCGGGUUGACGAGAUCGAGCGAACAAGACUGGGAAGGAACCCCGUAGAGCUCAGGGACAUGGGGGGGGCGGGGGAGAUACGGGCCCAGGACAAGUUCUCCUGGGAGGGCAGAGCGGCCCCCCCCCCCCUCGAACGGCACCCCAGCGCGAACACUCCCUAGAGGAAGCCGAUGAGGUUGGACGGACUUGUAGGCAGGCGGAGGAGACGUGAAGGCCACUGAACCCACCCCUGACACUGACAUGCCUUGUUCCCACUCCUCCCUGUGUAAAUACUUGUAAAAUGUAUCUACGUUUCUUUUAUAAAGAAGAAUUUUAUGGUGAUCCCCCAAAGAGGGAGACUGAGGUGUAAUGAAUCGGUGGAGAGACGAGCCCUUGCCCAAUCUCCACUCUUACAGAGCAACAUGAUCCACAUUCAAGCAUGGGGAGGGACGGACGUGUGUAUGCAAUAUGAUGGGAACUGUGUUGCUUGACCCUGUCCGUCCCUGUCAUCUACGGGGCUGUCGUUGAGUGGGGGGUUAAGGGUUGGUUUUAAGACUGGGCAGUUGCCUCGUUUUCUGUCAAGUCUUAGCUGCAGUCGCACAGUUUUAUUUUUUUCCCUUUUGCGUCUUUUCUUGCCGCUAACAGAUCAACGUUCAGCUGGACAUUAAGUUCAGGGGCACAAGGUAUUUUUUAAUUUCCAUUCCAUAUGUUACUCUCAGCUGCCAAUACAGCUUGUUUUUCUUGACAUUGAGAUGGUUGUCCUCUGUGUCAUGGGGGAAACAUUUGUCUGGAGAAGGUACCGGUGUAGUCAUACAGUCAAAGCAGUCAUGCGGAUUAGUCCAGUCUUCAGUUCUAAGCUAUUCUGUGAACCUUUUUCAUGCUUUGAGCUCACUAAGGGUUCUUAUCAUGGUACAGUACCAGAAUACCAAUCACUGGCUGCCGCAGUAAUGCCCUCCAUUUGUUAGUGUAACCUUUCAUUGUGUGAUGAUGCAACUGGAGGUAACCAGUACAGUGUGAUUAUCAUCUAUGAUGCUGUAUAUUACCAUGUAGAAUA